CCCUGGCGUCCCAAGCUCCCAUCAAUGCUGUCACUGCCCCUCAACCGCGCGUGAUACACUCCAACACGCCCGGUAAUGGUCCUCGAGAUCCUCAACCCAUGGCCCAGCCCCAAAGAUGAAUUCGAACCCACCCCCAUCCCCGCGCUCCUCUUCCACGGCCCUGUAAAACUGCUCCUCUACCAGCUCUACCACAUCCUCACCAGCCUGCGCUCCACGCCGAAACCCUCGCAGCCGCCAAUCCGCGUCGUAUGCAUAUCAGACACACACAACAACAUCUCCGACGACGUACCAGAUGGCGAUAUCCUCAUCCACGCCGGUGACAUGACAAACGGCGGCAGCACGGCAGAGAUCCAGGCACAAAUCGACUGGCUCUCGUCCCUGCCCCACAAGGAAAUCAUAGUCAUAAGCGGGAACCACGACACGUACCUCGAUCCACGGACACGGCCCUCUCUCACUGCUGCGCAGCGCGAGGGCGGCCUGGACUGGGGCCGCGUGCACUACUUGCAGCACAAACUGCUCACGCUCACGCUCACACCACAAUCCUGGUCGCCGGCCACGGACUCCCGAACGCCGCUGCUGCAUGGUGCACCGAGGCGGUUGCGUGUCUACGGCGCCCCGCAGAUCCCUGCCUGUGGGCCCGUGAGCGUGCAUGCGUUCCAGUACGCCCGCGGCAGCGAUGCGUGGAGUGAGACGGUCCCGGAGGAGGUGGAUAUCCUAGUGACGCACACGCCGCCCAGGUAUCACAUGGAUCUGUCCAUGCCGCGGGGAUUGGGGUGUGAGCAUCUACUCAAGGAAGUGCAGCGGGCUAAGCCUGUGCUGCAUGUCUUCGGACAUGUGCACUGGGGCGCGGGGAGAGAGGUUGUGUACUGGGAUCGUGCGCAUGAGGCGUAUGUGAGGGGUAUGGGGAUCGAGUCGCGGUACACUAGGGGCGUGUUGAAUCCGGGAUCGUGGUGGGAUGUGGUGAGGGUGCUGUACAGGGGGGUGAGGGAGCUGCUGUGGGACAGGGUGUGGGGAGGCCGCAGCGAGCACACCAUACUCGUGAAUGCUGCGCUGACCAAGGGCAACACGGGCAAGCUGGGCAACCCGGUGCAGGUUGUUGAAAUAUAGCACGACUUACAUUUCACAGCCCAGAUCAACGGUAAUGGUAAUCGUAAUAAAGCAUCAAACACAACAGCACUUCAUUGUCAGGAAUCUUUUCGAACAAGAAAGGAUUCUGUUGCUUUACCCUGACUACGACCAUAUCUCUACGGACUCGCCAAGUUCAACAAGGAGACCAGGCGAUUCGCCGUUCCCCGCGACUUUGUUGUGAUUGAGGUCAUAUAACAUGAACCGUAAAUCGUGCUGCCAUUGCAUGUACCAGAAGCUGAGUAAUGACAUGCCAUGCGCCACC